AUGGGAUGGAAGGAAAGAGACGAUCGUUUGUGUGCAUUCAGAGUCUAUUGUACAAGUUAAGGUAGGCUAAUUGCAAAUAAAAGGCAGAUAAUAGAAAUGGCAAAUAAAAGUAGAGAUGUAUUGAAUAUGCAUGAUUAACGGAGAAUAGAGAUUUAUAUAAGUGGGAAUGGUGGAAUUCAAUGA